CACUGACAGAAAGAAGCUCGGACCACAUUCAACUUAAUUCGAGGAUACUUCGUGCAUCGCGACCAACUCCGACCUGAUUUGUCGCAACAACUUGAUCGCAAACACCAUCGACGCCCAUCGUCAUCUAGCUUCGCUACUUUCUUUCAACUAUUUCCUUAUUCUCUUCCUGACCAAUUCAUUUCGAGUACCUCGACUCCAUCACGCUACGCGCUUUUAACAUAUCCAACAUGCCUCCCGCAAUCAGCGACGACGAAGCGUCUGACGAUGGCAAGUUGACCGUGCGCUUGAACUCGACACGUGGAAAGAGGUCAUCUACGAAGCCCGAAGAAAACGAUGAGGAUGAGAUGCAAGAUAUCGUCAAGGGUGACGUUGGGAAUGGAGACGACAACCACGGCGAAGAGGAAGAUGAGGAAGGAGGCGAAGACCUAGAUGAGGAUGAAUUCAUAGUCGAGAAGAUUCUUUCUCAUGCCGUGGAACCUAACGGCGCGUUCAAAUUCAAGGUCAAGUGGGAAGGCUACGAGAAGAAAUCAGACCAGACAUGGGAAGACGAUGAGAACCUCAAGGAGAAUGCAUCCGACGUCCUAGAAGAAUACCUUAAGAGCGUAGGCGGACGAGAGAAGAUCCUGGAAGACGCGAAAACGGCACUGAAAACGAAAAAGCGCGGGAGGCCUGCAUCAGGAACACCUACCAACGGCGCGAAACGACGACGGAAUGGAGACCACCCCGAUUCAGCAACACCGCCUGCUAGUGGAAAAGCUUGGAGGGUUCCUGUGGGCUCUUGGGAAGAUGAGGUGGAAUCUAUCGAUGCCUGCCACGACGAGAAUACCGGCAAGUUGAUCGUAUACCUCACUUGGAAGAAUGGCCAAAAGACCCAGCAUGAUACCAAGGUUGUCUACCAACGCUGUCCGCAGAAGAUGCUUCAGUUCUAUGAGCGACACGUUAAAAUCGUAAUGUCGUCAUCAGAAAGCGGUAUGAAAGAUGAUUAAUACCCGCACUACCCCCAGUAGUUAAUAGUGGUGGUUGAAGCAGACAACAUCUCAAUCUGCUUGAGCUAGACGGAUGAAUCGGAAUUACUACGCAACGCAAUGCAGAUAUUUGGACUAUACCUAUUCGCAGGAGUACGAACUCACAGGAGAAGAUUUUGGCCCCAUAAUGGAUGGCGAUUACGGUUGAGAUGAUCGCGCGGGACAAGGCAUGGACAAAACGGGGGAUAUUGCGGACAUUAUGAACAUCGAGACCCCGAGACCUGUACAUGUAUUUAAGCCACAGACUUGAAGCCAGAUUGCUUUGGCUCAGAUUACUCGGAGCCUCUGGAAAUAGGGGCUGUUUUUGACCUUAUAACCAACUUUCUAUAGCAGGAUUGCAUUAUCCAUACCUACCAUAGGUAUUGAUGGCAUUGGCGUUGGUAUGGCUUUGCGUUCGCCCUCACCUUAUCUGGAUUAUUAUCCACGCUCGGAAAGAAUGGCUAGGAAAAUAGGUACGAAUUGAUAUUUGCAUAAAUUAAC